ACCACAUGCAUCAAUCACACACCUUGUGGUGAAAGGGAGCUGAAUGCACUGAUACAGAAAGACAUUUCUGACUCCUCCCUGACCUUCAGCCUGCUGGGGGAGAGACUGGAAGGCCAGCCAUGCUAGGUGACAAGCUUCUGAGAGGCAAAGUUCCCCUCCCCAUGACAUACCCAGCCACCAUUCCUGUUGGGCGGGGCGGGUAGGGGUGUUGCACCCUGGGAGCUGGGUAUCUGGAUAAUGGUGGAGGUGUUAGGGAUGUGGCCAUCCCUGCGACAUGCAGCAGAGCGCCCGAAUCUGAGAAGCUCUGCCCUCCGGAUCAGAUAACCUAUCGCGCUCCCAGAGGCCCCCUCCUCCUGAAAGGACUUUAGUCUUUGGAGCUGUCACCUGAGCUGAGUGGGACGAGAGCUCUACCGGGCUGGCCAAGCAGUGAAGGAAGGAGGAAACCCAGGCCAGGGCUGCCUGCUGCCGGGGGUCCCACCAUGGAGCCAGGCACGGCCCGUCCUCGUCUGCAGAGGACAGAAGGGCUGGGAGGGGAGCAGGAGCGGCGACCCUGUGGAGACAGAGAUGGGGAGUGGCGACCCUGUGGAGACAGAGAUGGAAACACUGAGAAGCACAAAGCCCCGGACUUGGUGCAAUGGACCCGACACGUGGAGGCUGUGAAGGCACAAUUGCUGGAGCAAGUGCAGGGACAGCUGAAGGAGCUGCUGGAUCAGGCCAUGUGGGAGGCCAUUCAAUCCUACCCAUCACAACACAAACCUCUGUUCCCUGCUCCCCCAGAUUCCUUGAGCAGGACCCAGGAGCCAUCCCUGGGAAAACAGAAAGUUUUCAUCAUCCGCAAGUCUCUGCUUGAUGAGCUGAUGGAGAUGCAGCAUUUCCGCACCAUCUACCACAUGUUCAUCGCUGGCCUGUGUGUCUUCAUCAUCAGCACCCUGGCCAUCGACCUCAUUGAUGAGGGCAGGCUGCUGCUGGAGUUUGACCUACUGAUCUUCAGCUUCGGACAGUUGCCGGUGGCGCUGGUGACCUGGGUGCCCAUGUUUCUGUCCACCCUGCUGGUGCCGUACCAGGCCCUGCGGCUGUGGGCCAGGCCGGGGGCUGAGGGCACCUGGGUGCUGGGGGCGGGCCUGGGCUGCGCGCUGCUGGCUGUCCACGCCGUGGUCCUCUGCGCGCUGCCGGUCCACGUGGCUGUGGAGCAUCAGCUCCCGCCCGCCUCCCGCUGUGUCCUGGUCUUUGAGCAGGUUAGGUUCCUGAUGAAAAGCUACUCCUUCCUGAGAGAGGCUUUGCCUGGGACCCUUCGUUCCAGAGGAGGUGAGGGGAUCCAGGCCCCCAGUUUCUCCAGCUACCUCUACUUCCUCUUCUGCCCAACUCUCAUCUACAGGGAGACUUACCCCAGGACGCCCUAUGUCAGGUGGAAUUAUGUGGCCAAGAACUUUGCCCAGACCCUAGGCUGUGUGCUCUAUGCCUGCUUCAUCCUGGGCCGCCUCUGUGUUCCUGUCUUUGCCAACAUGAGCCGAGAGCCCUUCAGCACCCGUGCCCUGGUGCUCUCUAUCCUGCAUGCCACGUUGCCAGGCAUCUUCAUGCUGCUGCUCAUCUUCUUUGCUUUCCUCCAUUGCUGGCUCAACGCCUUUGCCGAGAUGCUACGAUUUGGAGACAGGAUGUUCUACCGGGACUGGUGGAACUCAACAUCCUUCUCCAACUACUACCGCACUUGGAACGUGGUGGUCCACGACUGGCUGUACAGCUACGUGUAUCAGGAUGCGCUGCGGCACACCACACUCCCCCUGGCUUCCUUAAGGUGGGGGCUCUCUGUGGAGAAGCUCAGGGAGACUCACCCCUCGCUCCUUCCCUCACUCUGCCAGCUCCUUGGUGGCCGGGCCCGACAGGUAGCCAUGCUGGGUGUGUUCCUGGUCUCCGCAGUGGCCCAUGAGUAUAUCUUCUGCUUCGUCCUGGGGUUCUUCUACCCCGUCAUGCUGAUACUAUUCCUUGUCGUUGGAGGAAUGUUGAACUUCAUGAUGCACGACAAGUGCACCAGCCCGGCGUGGAACGUGCUGGUAUGGACCUUGCUGUUUCUGGGCCAAGGAAUCCAGGUCAGCCUGUACUGCCAGGAGUGGUAUGCACGGCGGCACUGCCCCUUAACCCAGACAACCUUCUGGGGGCUGGUGACACCUCGAUCUUGGUCCUGCCGUAUCUAGAGAUCAGGGCACCCUUACUGCCCAGAUGACACCACCAAGUUCUCUGCCUGCAAAGCCUGGGACCGGGAUUCCUCUCUGUAUUCCCAAACUUGGCUCUGAAUCAAGGCGACCUGCACACAAGACCCCACCAGGGAAUUGCAAGGGCUGAGAUCUGCAGAUCUGUAGGUAGCUGAGCACAGACCUCAGCAGAGGGGUAACAGGGGCGACUCUUCAGGCCCUAUCCCCAUGGACUGGGUACAGCCGACCCUCCCACCCCAUGACUCUCUUGAGGAGACUUGGGGGACUGUAAGGAUUUGAUGAAUGUGAAAGAACUCAGAGAAAUUGGGGCCACCAAGGUUUGAAAAGGGUUUGGUUCUUGACUUUGUAUUUCUUCCAAUACAGCAAUAAACUUCGCCUCCCUUUUUAUCCAUUCA